CACAUAUGAACAUAAAAGCAGUGUGUUACUAAUUAUCAUAUUACGUACUAAGUAAUAGUUAAAAUGAACGCAACAACGUUGAUCAUUUGUAUUUUAUACAUUUUUAACAUAAAUGUGUUGGUUUCACCCUCGCAGGAACUUUUGUUCGAACCUAGAAAUGGGGUAAAGUUUAGCGUGAGAACUGAAGUUCCCGUGCUGAAGGUCAACUACACUGUUUAUAAGACAGCUUUGACAAGUCUGGUCGACGAUUGGUUGAAAGGAAAAAUAGACACGGGGCAGCCAACAGAACAAUGGGAGAGGAACUACAUUGCAAGAGUUAACCGUAUAGUUAAUGGCGAAGUAAAUAACUGUUCAAAGGAAGUCAGUGAUACGAGUGGAGAUAAAAGCAUGGGCCUGUUUUGUUCAGAUGAAAAUUUAGAUAAGAAAACAAGAGAUGUUUACUAUGAAAUGAUUAAAAUAAAAGUUCCAGGGCAUUUAAAUGUGGUAACUUCCCACCGGCGGUGGAUACGGCUUACAUAUAAGUUUCUAAAUUUAAUAGGCGUCAAAUUUUCUGACAAAAUGACUGACCUUGUUAGAAGACAUGACUUGAGCAAGUAUACACAUCGAGAAGUUCGGGGAUACGCUAUAAUGUUUGGAGAUGGCGCCCUUGGUUAUAGAAAUUAA